AUGGUCCGGCAGACCUCGAGUCGCCAGUCCCGACGAUUUUUGGUCUCAAAGAGGGCAAACGUAUUUAAGCUGAAGGAUGCGUCCCGUUCGAUCACGCGAACUCUCCAGAACAACUUCAUGGACCACUCAAAACAGGAAUCCUUCGAUCUCUUCCUAUGUGGGACGUCUUUCGAGAACCGCCUCUUUGAUCGUGCCGCUAAUUUGCUGCCCCACACGUUGAUGCAAGAAUAUCCGGAUGCGGUGGAACAACUUGUCGAUCGCAGCUCUGAAAUCACAAAUCCCGAGCCGAUUAAGGUGUUCUGCGGAACUUGGAACGUCAAUGGCGGCAAAAACAUGUACAAUGUCGCAUUCCGGAAUCAAGAACGUAUAGGGGACUGGCUAUUCCCGCAUGAAAGUGAUCUAGUGAACAUUUGCUCGGAUUUGGAAUCGGUGCCGGAUAUCGUGGCCGUUGGGCUGGAAGAAUUGGUGGAUCUGAACGCACAAAAUAUGGUGAAAGCAAGCACGACGAACCAACGGGUUUGGCUGGAAGGAAUCCGGAAAGCCUUGCAUGAAAAAGCUCCGUACGUACUCCUCGGCUGCGAACAACUGAUGGGCGUCUGUCUCUACGUGUUCAUUAGGCCCCGUUUGGCUGCCGCUCUGAAAGACUUCUCCGUUGGGAGUGUGAAGACUGGGAUGGGCGGCGCUACUGCGAAUAAAGGCUCUGUGGCAUUCCGAAUGGUCGUCCACUCGACGUCACUCUGCUUCGUCUGUUCUCACUUUGCCGCUGGCCAAAAUGAGAUCCGGGACCGAAAUGAAGACUGGAGCACGGCGAUGCGGAAGCUGCGUUUCCCACAAGGGCGUGACAUUGGCAGCAGCGACGUCAUCUUUUGGUUCGGCGACUUCAAUUAUCGAAUCUCGAUGGGGCGCGAAGAUGUGAAGCGAGCUGUUGCUUCGGGACAAUUCGACCAUUUGGUGCCGAAUGAUCAGCUGACGCAGCAGAGAGCCGCUUCCAAUACCUUUGUCGGCUUCGAGGAGGGUCCUCUUCAUUUCCCGCCCACCUACAAAUAUGACACGUUUUCCGAUGAUUAUGACACCAGCGAGAAAUGCCGAGUCCCAGCAUGGACAGACCGUGUCUUGUGGCGCGACAACCGGGGAACCAGAGCUUCCACGAAAUUGUUACGCUACAACCGCUCGGAGCUGCGCACCUCCGAUCAUCGGCCAGUGUAUGCAAGCUUCGAGGUGACGACUCUUCGAGUGGACUGGACAAAGUGUGAAGCGUUGGUAGAAGACAUUGUCAGUAGCAUGGGGCCUCCGGAUGGUACGGUGAUCUGUUCGCUGGAAGGCCUCGGCUCAUUCCCCGGCGAGGCUGUGAAAGAAGUGCUGCAAAGGACGCGAGAAUUGGGCUUGCAGCUGCUCACUAGCAAGGUCGAUGGAGCCGACCUAUGGCUCGUCUUCUCUUCCGGUGAAUGCGCUAUUGCCGCAUUGUCGAUGGAUGGACCCCCGGACUGGCCGGACAAGGUUCGCCCUCGGCUCGCACAAUUUGAUGUGACUGUGGAGCAAUUGGUCGAAGAAAACGAGGCCGACUAUCGUGAGGCAUCGAACGAAUUCAUAUUUGACGAAGAAGAAGAUGGCACGUCCGACACGAUUUCUGUCUCGAGACUGUCGAUGCUAUCCACCGGCCCACCAGAGCGGCCACGUCCUCCGAGCCGUGGGCCACCAGAACGUCCACAACGGCCGGCCAGCGUCGUCAAUCCAAACAUUCACGUCAGCAGCUCAGCCGUUCAACUAGCAACGCUUGAUUGGCCGGACGAUGAUUCGGCUUCUUCUUAUUCUGCCCUCUCCAGCUCGUGUCCCCAGCGAAAGCUUCCCCAUCAGGUGAUGCCAUCCCGCGUAGCUCCCCCUCCUCCAAAACAUGGCCCAUCACGGCAAUCGACCUCCCCGGAAUCAUCGAUGAAUGGGGAACCCUUUUCCCGCUCACUCAACGGCUUCUCAACCCUCAAACAGCCCUCCGACCACUACGUCCUCCCGCCACGUCUCGGCGCCCACGAUCCGUUCUCGAGCGCCUGGGACGACGUCGGACUCACCGCGGGCCCUGCCCACUCGCUCGGGGUUCACCUCAAAAUCGUUCCCCUUUAUGGGGCGUACGAGACACGAUCUAGGGUGAAGGCCGGCAGGUAUGAAAGUCCGCUGGCGGCGAGUGAUCGUGAAACUUUUGGAAUGGACCAUCCUUGGGUGCAGCGGUUGCUCAACGUCCACUUCGAUUUCCCGAGAUGGUUGUCCAUUGCCACGGCUCCGAAGUUCGACGACCAACAGGCCAAAAGCUGGAUCGGCGAUCACUUUGACAUCACGAUUCAGGCGUCGAUCGUCUACUUCUUCUUAAUCUUCGGCAUCAAGUUCUUCAUGCGCAACCGCGAACCCUUCAAACUCCAGGCGCCCCUCGCGGUGUGGAAUUUUUUCCUGGCCGCCUUCUCCAUCUUCGGCACAUACCGGUUGAGCCACGAGUUCUUCUCGACGCACGUCGACCAUGGCGUUGUGAACGCAUACACCCGCAUCUAUCAAUUCACGGAGGGGCUGAAUGGAUACUGGGUGUUCCUCUUCAUCUGCUCCAAGUUGAUCGAGCUCGUCGACACUGUCUUUAUCGUGCUGCGCAAAAAGCCGCUCAUGUUUUUGCACUGGUAUCACCACAUCCUCACCCUUAUUUAUGCUUUCUACUCUUACCCGAUCUCUCCGGGCUUCAACCGAUAUGGAAUCUACUUGAACUUCCUCGUCCACAGCUUCAUGUAUUCUUACUACUUCAUCGCUGCUCUCAACAUCCGUCUCCCAUCGCCGGUCUCCAAAUUCAUUACCACGAUCCAGAUCUGGCAAUUCAUCAUCUCCAUCGGCGCGCUGGCCCACAACGGCUACCUCGUCUACUUCACCAACCGCAAGGUCGACUUUGAUCACAACGUCUUCCUGUUCGCCAGCUUCAUGGAUAUGACGUACUUGGCGCUGUUCAUCAACUUCUUCCUCAAGCGCUACAUCUUCAAGAAGCCCAAGGCCGACGAUAAGGGUGCCGGCAAGAAGAAGAAGCAG